AUGAAAAUCAUUGUACUAUUAUUACUAUUAUCAAUUAUAUUCUUUAAUGUAACCAUUUCAGAGUCACAUCUACAGUGUCCCGCUGGGACAUGGAAUGGAGAUGUUGCUACUGGAACAUGGUAUGAUACUCCAAAUAAUGGAAAUUGUGGUUACAAAGAUUUAUUUGGUCCUUUGGGUCCUGGAACUGAUCAAAUUGUAGCAAUUAAUUCUCAUAUGUUUGAUGGUACUACCGAAUGUGGUCAAUGUUAUAGAUUAUAUUUGGAAAACAAAACAAUGGAUGUUAUUGUAACUGAUAAAUGUCCAGAUGCAGGAUGGUGUGAUAGUGAACGCCCACAUUUCGAUAUAAACAAGGAUGCAUUUUAUAAGAUAUUCAGAACACCAGCCGACAAGGGAAUUAUCGAGAUAAAGGAUGGAAUGACUUUUGUAAAGAUUCCAUGUCCAUUUACCAAGGGUAAUAUCAAGGUCAGAACCAAAGAAGGUGCUUCACAAUUUUGGGCAUCAUUCCUAGUAUUCAAUCAUAUUAUCGGUGUAAAGGGUGUAGACUUGGUGUUGGGUGAUACACCAGACACUCGUAUUCCAUUGGAGAGAACCAGUUACAAUUAUUUUGCAGCCUAUCUCAACUUUGGAACCAAGCCAUUCACAUUGAUCAUUAGUUCCAUCUUUGAUCAAGAGGUCAACAUUACCAUGAACUCACCAUCUGGUGACUCUGUCAAAGAUACCGGUGAACAAUUCACAGAAUAUGAUCGUGAAUGUUAUUCCAACAUUGAUCCAUCACUCAACAGUGCUGCAUCAUCAUCAACUUUAUCGAAUACUGUAGGCACAUAG